ACAACUGGACUUAGAAGACACACCCUAAGAUAUAAGAACAUCAACACGCAAACGAUGUCCUUUCUAAGAAGACAACAGCUUAGCACAUUUUAUUUCUUUUUGUUGGGCUUGUCAGCCAACAUUAUUCCUAUGGUGGUGAUAUGGAUUGCUGUAGACGACAUUCUUGCUGGCACUCUUUGGUCAACGACUGUCUUACUCAUAGCCUUCUCGAUUACUGAUAUCCUCGUCAAGGUAGUGAGCCCAGCGAUCAUCAAUAGGAUAUCAUUCCAUUUAUCCUUUGCUCUUCUCACUAUAUUAUCAGUGGCAUCGAUACUGCUGUUAGUGAUGAUCGAUGAUGUAAGAGUGCGAAUCGCGGGAGUAACUGUAUUUGGAUUGGCUAACGGAUUCGCGAUAAUAACGAUUGUGACACUGUUUGCACACUACGAGACAGCUGAUCUUCUUGGUAAUGCCUUUCAAAAUGGAAUCAAUUCAUCAGUAUUCUUGGCAUCGCUUGGCUAUACAGGACUGACCACUUGGUUCUGUGUGGCGCCUCGUAUUGCCAUCGCAGUUUGCAUACCUAUUUGCUUCAUUCCACUUGGUAUAUACAUCCUCCUCGACAAAGAACCAUUGAAAGAUCACUUACAAGGGACAGCCAAACUUGUACAGUACACAAAACUACCACAAGAAGAAUACUCCAAUGAUAAACAGGACACGACUGCUGAUAAACCAAGGAGCGAGACAUUUCUAGUUCUCGUGAAAUCCUUUCCUAUCUUUAUCUACACAUAUUUGUCAAACUUCUGCAUUCAUUUUUCCAUUGCAGCAGUUUUGACAACUCUUACAUUCCCCUCCUCGCCAUUUCUCCCCCGAGAUCACUUCCAGUACUACAGAAUGAUCAGUGAUGCAGGGAUUGUGAUUGGAGGACUAGGAAGUUUUAUCUUGGGCUGCACAGGUCAGGAAUGGAUGAACAAAUUCUUCGGGAUUCGUAAUACUGGACUUUUAGUUGUCAUCAAUGUCAUUCAUAUGUUAUUUUUCGUCGUGGCCUCGUGGUAUCGGUUCCUCCCUAAUGUUAUCCACGUGUUUGUGCUAUGCUUCAUCCAAGGUAUUACGUUUGGCCUAGCUGUUGUUCAAGCCAUGAUUUGUGCAACCAAUAUGUUCUCAAGCCCAUAUGAUAAAGCUACUGCUUUAAGCACACACGAGGUUGGUAUUUCUGUUGGGCGAAUUAUGGCAGCAUUUUUAGGCGUUUUCAUUGAAAAAUAUCUACGAGAGCACUGCACAUAUAACUUGUUACUGGGUGAGUAUUGCCUGGCAAGGAUUCCAUCUUCAGCUGGAUGGAGUACUAACUUAAUCUGUAAAAAACAAGGUUUGCACUGAAAAGUGCAAAGUGUACCAACCAGACAGCUCCGAUCAUCCUCAAAGAAUCUACUCGUGGUACCAAAAUGUAACCUGAAAUCGUAUGGUAAACGCACGUUUAAAUCAUGUGCACCUAAGCUCUGGAAUGAUCUUCCCUAGAAUUUUAAAGCUUUUUCUAUUGACACUUUUAAAAAUAAAAUCAAGCAUUGAUCUUUAGGGACGCUUUCCCAUAAUUCUUACAGACUACUUUUAUAACCAUAUAUUUUUCAUAUACUUCUAUUGUAAAUUUUACUGAAUUUUAUACUUUCCUACCUUAUUCUCUUAGUUGUCAAAGUAGAAUCAAAGUAACAGAUCAUUCUCGUAUACUUAUUCCUGUUAGUAAUUAGUAAUAAAUGUCAACAACGUUCUUUCCAGCCUCAUAAGCCGCUUCUUAUCGGAAUCCAUCCUAAUCCUGGACCCAAUAAAAACCAAGAUAAAGACUCAACAGCUCCUAACCCUGGACCUCACGCAAGAUCAAAAGAAAGUAACCAGAAUACUCAUGGAACACCAAAGAGAAACACUGAACUUUCGAUCUUUUAUACUAACG